CCUAGUUUCUGUGUGCAAGCGUGCACACACUAUCUUGUGCCCUCUGCUCAUGAGGACAACAACACUCAUUGAGUGACCACAUAAAUUAGAAUUAGUAUAAACAGUCCUUUCCGACUUCCUGAAAUGUGAAAAUAUAUGUCCUCUGCUCAGAACUGUUAAUCUGUUUUUCUGCGCGCAAGAUGGUGGUGGGAGAUGCAGAUCCAUGUUUUCCUCAGCUCACGUGUACCGGCUGCUCGGCAGCGCCCGUCAAGCUGUCGCUAAAGUGAAGAGAGCUUAUUAUGGGAGCUGCUCCUGCUGUCCUAUAUCAACAGCAGCCAGCAUUUCUGCAGUCAUCUCCAGCCAUGGCUCCAAGUGGACGCUGUCAUCUCAGCUGGCAGAGCACGAAACCCUGCGGAAGGCGUCGUUUUUAAGCCGUUCGGUGGGCUGAUUUGCUUCAGAAUGAAGCGAGGAAGGACAGGUCUGAAAUCACAGUGCCAGAUUUUCCCCUCCCUCGGAGAGCGGGCUAAGAGACCGAAGUGGAUGACUCCAGCACAAGACUGGGGAAACCUGCCCCAUCACGUCGUCCUGCAGAUCUUCCAGCAUCUGUCCCUGGUCGACCGGGCCAGGGCAUCAUCCGUGUGCCGGUGCUGGAAUGACGUCUUUCACACCCCUGACCUGUGGAGGAAGUUUGAGUUUGAGCUCAAUCAGCCAGCCACGUCCUACUUACGCUCCACUCACCCUGACCUCAUUCAGCAGAUCAUCAAGAAGCAUGCCCAACACCUGCAGUAUGUUAGCUUCAAAGUGGACAGCUGCACCGAAUCUGCAGAGGCAGCUUGUGACAUUCUCUCUCAGCUAGUGAACUGCACCAUCAAGACCCUGGGGCUGAUUUCUACAGCACGGCCCAGCUUCAUGGAUGUAUCUCAAGCCCAUUUUGUGUCUGCCCUGACGGUGGUGUUCGUAAACUCCAAGUCAUUAUCCUCCAUCAGGAUCGAUGACACCCCAGUGGAUGAUCCGUCCCUGAAGGUGCUGGUUGCCAACAACAGUGACACCCUUAAGUUGCUGAAGAUGAGCAGCUGUCCUCAUGUCUCCCCAGCUGGUAUCUUGUGUGUGGCAGACCAGUGUCAUGGCCUCAGGGAGCUGGCGUUGAACUACCAUCUCCUAAGUGAUGAGCUUCUUCUUGCCCUGUCUUCUGAAAAACACGUUCACUUGGAACACCUGCGCAUUGACGUGGUGAGUGAAAACCCCGGCCAAACACAUUUUCACACCAUCAAGAGGAGCAGCUGGGAGGCUUUGAUCCGCCACUCGCCGAAGGUCAACAUAGUCAUGUAUUUCUACUUGUAUGAGGAGGAGUUUGAGCCCUUUUUCUGCGAGGAGACCCCCGUCACCCACCUGUACUUUGGCCGAGCUGUUAGUAAAAUGAUGCUAGGCCGCAUUGGACUGAACUGCCCUCGGCUGGUGGAGCUGGUUGUGUGCGCCAAUGGCAUUGAGCCCCUGGAUGAGGAGCUAAUCCGCAUCGCAGAGCGCUGCAAGAGCUUGACAGCGAUCGGGCUAGGCGAGUGUGAGGUGACCUGCAGUGGCUUUGUGGAGUUUGUGAAGAUGUGCGGGGGCAGGCUGACACAGCUGUCAAUCAUGGAGGAGGUACUGAUCCCAGACAGCAGCUAUAACAUAGAGCAGAUCCACAGUGAGGUGUCGAAGCACCUCGGGCGGAUGUGGUUUCCUGAUAUGAUGCCCACCUGGUAGGCUGACAUGAAGCCAGAACUAUCAAUGAUGGCAUUAAACUAUGGUUACAGUUUACAAUUUUAAUAGACAUAACAUUUAGAAAAGGAAAAACGAAAAAUCCAUUUCAAGAUGGCCCCUGACUGGAAAGCCCUGCUUGGAGAAAGACUUUGGGCCAGUGAACCACAGGCAUAUACGUUUGGCUUUGUGUAAGAUUGGAACCCUGCUUUCCCAGGUGAAAAUCCACUGCCAGCGCACCACCAUCACCCUAUCUCUAUCAUGUGAAAAUUAUUUGAUUUCUUAUGUUCUUGCACAUUUGUCACACUUACAUGUUUCAGAUCAUCAAACGAAUCUUAAUGUCAUACAAAGAGUCAGAAUGAAUACAAAAUGCAGUUUUUAAAUAACAAUUUAAUUUAUUAAGGGAACAAAAGCUAUCCAAAUCUACCUGAUCCUGUGCGAAAGAGUAACUGACCCCUAAACCUAAUAAGGGGUUGUGCCACUCUUGGCAACAAGAGCUGCAAUCAAGUGUUUGUGAUAAUUUGCAAUGAUUUUUGCCCACUCUUCUUUGCAGAAGAGUUGUUUUUUUGAGCCAUUCAGAGGUGGACCUGCUGAUGUGUUUCAAAUCAUUACCGUGCUGCGUAACCCAAGUUUGAUUGAGCUUCAGUCCAUGAAAUGAUGACCAGAAAUUCUCCUUCAGGAUCUUCUGGUAGAGAGCAGAAUUUAUGGUUCCAUUAAUUACAGCAGGUCAUCCAGGUCCUAAAGCAGAUAGUUUGAUUGCAGUUCUUGCUACCAACAGUGGCACAACCACUUAUCAGGUUUAGGGGGAAUUUGUCUUUCAAACAAGUGCCAGGUAGGUUUGGGUACCUCUUUUCUCUCUCUCAGUAAGUCAUUGUUCAAAAAAACUGCAAAAUGUACUUACUUCAGUUUUCUGUGUCUAAUAUUAAAAUUUGUUUGGUGAUGUGAAGCAUGUAAGCAUGAGAAAUAAGCUGGGAAAAAAAUUAGGAAAGGUGAAAACAUUUCUUCACGGCGCGUCUUGGCCCGCUCACUAUGGGUAAUUUCUGUAGCUGUUGUGUACCAUCAAUGAAUUUUAUGUAAGAAUAAUACACUUCUCUGAAAAUAGUUCAUGCAUAAAAACGUUUCAUUGCUUUCUGUCUGUCACUAAAUGUUGUAAUGAAACAUGUUGGUUGCAGCUGAAUGAUGGGCUACAUUUUUAACCAUGGUGUAUAAAAGAGCGUGACGCUGCCAUCUGCUGGGAAAAAUCCCCCAAACAUAAUUCACAAGUUCUUUACGUUUCUACAUCUUUCUGAAAAUCUUAAAAUUAAUGAAAUAAUUAACCAGUUAAUUUAAAACUCUUCCUCAAGUUACAGAUUUUUCUGAAUUUAACCACAUUUGCAUGCAUUCAGGUGAGGACACUAACCACAGUGAUACUGGUUCAUUGGAGAAAGGACAGGAGUUUCCUGUUGAGCCGGAGCGAGUCACACCUCCAUGGAAAACACAAUGGGUCUCUUUUGUCUGUUGGCCUGUUUUACUUUGCUGUCUUUUCAUUUAGUUGACAGGUGUUAAAAAUCAGGUAAUAGCAGGUAUUUGACUAAAGGCUUUGAACAGAAAUGAAUAUGCAGAACUCAGAUUAGGUGAUGUGGUGACGUGGUCAGUUUAUGUUCUUUUCUUUUUUUCCUUUUUUAAAAAACAAAACAUGUGCACUUAAAAAAAAGAUUUGCUGUCCUCAUAAACACGAAGCAAUAAUUUUGAGGCAAAGGCAGUUGAAAUCGAUCAAAUCAAAGAUUUAUUUAUUAAAAUAAGUAAUCAUUAAACGAAAUAUGUUUGGUAUAAAAUGUACUACCAGACUCCUUUAAAUGUAACAUUACAUGGAAAAUUUACAUGUAAUCAAAUUACUUAAAGUCAGCACUUUGGGCGUGAUUUGUUUUUUGAGUGUUACAUUUAGUUAUUUAUUUAUUUUUUAUUAUUGUCCUGUGGGAUUUAAUAUGUAGUUAGUUGGUUCUUUGCUUGUAAGAGAGUACCAACUUAAAACUGAAGUAUUUGUAUCAAAUGUGAUUACGACGAUAGUUUUGUGCAAAAGGUACAAAUGAACCAUUACAGGCCCACGAUGUGCAAUGACACGCUGUCCACAUACAGCUUUAAAUAUCUGUUUUGUAUUUGUUUACUUUGCGUGGAUGUAGUUAGUAGAAGAAGAAUUGCUGUAUACAUUUAUAUCACUUAUUGUUAGUGGUUUUUGUGUAUGUGCAGCAUUGAUGUCAGCUUCAUUGAAACUGCUUUUUAUUCUACACAGGCUGUAUUUAAAUACUAAUAAUAAAAACAUGUUU